AAAGGAACAAGCAAUACACAGUAAUUACAUGAAAUAGCAUUACGUUUUACAUCUUAACGCACUCUUACCUAGUAUUAAUAGCUAGCUAGCUAGGCAACCAUGCACUGCCCAUUAUGAGUUAGACACCACUUACUUGAUAGCCAUAGACCAAGCAUAGUUGCUUGAUUGGCACUGCCGCCCUGGUGACUGCAAGCUGUGAAGCGUACUCUGAUAUAACCGACGGACGAUGCUGUCUGACUUGGGAUGGUAAGAAUGCUUGCUCUUGGCCGGAUGAUAUGGAGUGAUGGUACCGGUAUGCGCAGGAGCCUGUAAGGGUGAAAGGGCAGUCGAGGGCAGAUGAAUCAUCCUACUUUUUUCAGCUCAGAGCUGCCGAGGAGCCCAAGCUUGCUAUGGCUUGACUGCUGAAUUCAACCAAGCUACACAGAAAUGCAACGAACCCAUCAGUGCUUAUUACAACAGAUUCCGUGGGACAAGAGCCUGCUACAGUGCGAUGUUGGUCCCAGGUCCUUGCCCUGGAAUUUGGUUGUGGAAGUUGCACGGGUGAACAUGCUUGCGCGAAAUUCGUUGGCCAAGUUGGUUCAUUGGCCAAGUUGGUACCCACAGCUGCGUAGAAGAUGAUUCAUGCUCAGGUUUCAGUGUUCAAAUGGUGUUGUCAGCUCUAGCUAGCUAGACAAGUAGGCUACCGGUGCCAUCCCCACCCUCCGGGUUGUCCUCGCCUCGUCCUCGUCGUUGCGCAGCAUGUGUGCGUCCUGGUUCAGAACUUCACGCCAAUCUGGAUUGGCGUCAGCGCACCUCGGCUUUUUUAAAAGAAACAUUGUUUAAAAUUCAAAACGAGAGGGGCAGGCGAUUUUCGCGCCUUUCGGUGGCAGAUUGCCACUUUUUCGUGCUUUUUGUUCCGUGUGAGAGCUCGAAAGGUUUGUUUCUCUUCAUUUCACUGCAUUACUGUGUUGCUGUGGCUUGUCAUUAAUUUGUAUUUUGGAUUGCUUCACCUCACUGUCCAAAGAAAGAUGGCGACUGUUGUUGACAAGGAGAACCAGGCCAAUGUGGCCGAUGUGGCUGCCGACAAGAAGAUGCCAGCGGGCAAGAAGCAGACGGCAAAGGAUGCCUCAGAGAACCUCUCACCCUACGACCGUCGUAUCCAAGAGAUGAAGGCUUCCCUAGACGCUGCUCGUGCAGCGCAUCGGCAAGCCAAAGGAAGUGACAAGGACCUCCCCAUGCUACAGCACACAUACGACAUCGACUCGCUCUGGAAGCGGUACAGUAUCGCGGAGCGCAUGGGCGACGACUGUGACACGGAAUUGGAGGAACUGGAAGAGAGCGAGGUCAAGAAAGGCCUCGGCAUGUUGACACAAAAAGAAGUGGAUGAGAGUAUCUUUGCCAUGAUUUUGCCUCGAUCUUGCUUUGAGCUGGAAGACACCCUGAGAGAUGACCUCUACUACGCAGAUCCGCGCAACGGUCCACGCGGCAGCGGCAUGAUCUCUCUCAACACUUACUCUAGCUUUUGCAUGUACCCAGUCAUCAAGAAUCACUUUGCAUUGGCGUCGAAGGAAGUGAACAAGGCGGAGAAGGCGGUCAAGGCAGCCUCCAAAGCUGGAGCCGCCAAGGAGGCUCUCGUCAAAACUGUGGCCGCUGUCAUGGCCUGCCACAGCGUCGAUCACUGGCGUCAUGAUACCGAGGAACCCGAAGAAGUAGUAAAGUAUGCCAAGAAAUGCGUCGAGGUUGUCAAGAAAUUACUCUGGUUCACCGACGCCGAGUUGGGAUGGACCGACCCCUACUCUCGCAAAGCUCUUUUGCACUAUCUCCGGAACUUGGCCAUUGACUGGAUGGACACUGCCGACUCGUUGGACUACGAAAAUUUCAAGAAAAUGAACUUCGAAACCGCCAAGAAUGGCAAAGGGCUGGGACGCCCAUUGACUAUGGCAGCAGGACUUGCCGACACCAAUCCAGCGCCCACGAAGAAGGCCAAGACGUUUGCGGCUGCCGCUCCCGCUGCUGCUUCUCAGUCCACUGGAACGGCUACUCUGACGACUUACUUUGAUGGUCUUCAAUCCAAACUCAAUGAUCGUGUCAAGACACUAUGUCAGCUGAAAAUCACAAAUCUCUCCAACACGAAGAAAGUGGAACAUGUCGUCUUGUCGGGAGCCUCGGAUAUGAAGAAGGUGCAUCAGCUAGUCGCGUACCUUGCUGGAGUCAACCCAAACUUUCAGUAUCACUCUCAAAAGGGAAGCUACACAAAGGGCUGCUACUUCGUGCUAGAGACUCCUGGAUACAAGCCUUGCUGGAUUGCUCCGCCCGAUGUGUGCAAAACUGCUGCGAAGGCAGGAACUGACGCUGUCCUUGACAAGUCCAUCAAGAUUGUGCAAGUCUUUCAAGCCCUCAACUGUGGCCGCAAUGACGCCUUUCUCUACGACUCAGAUCUGGCUCGCACGAUUGUCACUUCCAGUAGUGCCUUGACCUUUGUGACUGCAAGUGGGGAGCGAUAUGCGAUUCAGCCGACUGUCAUUGCUCCCACCAAAUGCAGCCGUAGCAAAGCCAUCGCAAUGCCGCGUAUUGUCACGUAUGAUGAGAACCAGCGCAAGAGUGCCUUUGGAUUGACGCUGACUCAAGCAAAAGCUGUGAUGCAAGGCGAUCGCCAAGAUAACCAGAACUUUAUCGUUUGUGUCACCACCACGGCGGCAGAGGUCAAGAAGUAUUGCUUCAACUUUUGGAAGAAGCCUAUCUGCGAAAUGGACGGUAGUGGUAUCUUUGCAUCGCGGUUUGGCUUGGGCAAGUCUGAAUGGGACGUGAAGCAUGUUCAGUCGGCUGGACCACCCGAUGGCUAUGCUGCCUCCAAGUGAGCAGCAGAACAGCAUCUUUGGGAUGAGAGAUGCUUCCGAUUACACCUCGGAGUCCAUUGAAAAUGAAGAAAAUAUAUACUGUACUGGUAGCUAUGUUUGCUGCUCAACGAAGGAGGCCUUUGAUCACAUGGGAUGUAUGUGCUUGUAACAAUUCCCCAACACCAUAAACGAUAGAAUUACGAUAUGACGCG